AUGGGCUUCACUCUACACUCUGUCUACUUCACCUUGAAGGUGAGUUUGCUGCUAGGCUCCUUGCUGGGUCUCUGUUUGGGUCUGGAGUUCAUGGGCAUCCCCAACCAGUGGGCCCGCUACCUUCGCUGGGAUGCCAGCACUAGGAGCGAACUCAGCUUCCAGUUCAAGACCAACGUCUCUGCUGGGCUGCUCCUCUACUUUGAUGAUGGUGGUGUCUGUGACUUCCUCUGUCUGUCCCUUGUUGAUGGGCGCAUCCAACUCCAAUUCAGUGUGGACUGUGCGGAGACUACAGUUAUCACAGACAAGCAGGUCAAUGACAGCAACUGGCACUUCCUGAUGGUAAGCCGCAAUCACCUUCGGACAGUGCUAGUGCUGGAUGGUGAAGCCAAGCCAGGUGAGGUGCGUCCACAACGCCAGUACAUGAAUAUCGUCAGUGACCUCUUUGUUGGUGGAGUCCCACUGGACAUCCGGCCAGCUGCCUUGACCCUUGAUGGUGUUCUGGGUGAGCCUCCAUUUCAAGGAUUUAUCCUGGAUUUGAAAUACGGCAACUCUGAGCCGCAGCUCCUGGGCAGUCAAGGAGUCCGAGUAGAAAUGGAAGGGCUUUGCGCAGAAAACCCCUGUGAAAAUGGUGGUACUUGCUUCCUUCUGGAUGGCGAGCCACAUUGUGACUGCUCAGCCACUGGGUAUGCUGGCAAGCUGUGUUCUGAAGAUGUCAAUCAUAUUCCAGGCCUCUCACAUCUGAUGAUGGGUGAACAAGGUAGAAGUAAAGCACGAGAUGAGAACAUGGCCACUUUCCGUGGUUCUGAAUACCUUUGCUAUGACCUGUCGCAAAAUCCCAUCCAGAGCAGCAGUGAUGAGAUCACUCUCUCCUUCAAGACCUGGCAACGCAACGGGCUCAUCCUGCAUACCGGCAAGUCAGCUGAUUAUGUCAACCUGGCCCUGAAAGAUGGUGCGGUCUCGUUGGUCAUUAACCUGGGGUCUGGGGCCUUCGAGGCCAUUGUGGAGCCGGUCAAUGGCAAGUUCAAUGACAACGCGUGGCACGACGUUAAGGUGACACGCAACCUGCGGCAGCACUCAGGCAUUGGACACGCUAUGGUAAACAAACUACAUUGUCUGGUGACAAUCUCUGUGGAUGGCAUCCUUACCACCACGGGCUACACGCAGGAGGAUUACACCAUGCUGGGCUCAGAUGACUUCUUUUACGUGGGAGGGAGCCCCAGUACUGCUGAUUUACCUGGCUCUCCAGUAAGCAACAACUUCAUGGGCUGCCUCAAAGAGGUUGUUUAUAAGAAUAAUGACAUCCGUCUGGAGCUGUCUCGCUUGGCACGAAUUGGUGAUACUAAGAUGAAGAUCUACGGGGAAGUGAAAUUCGUCUGUGAGAAUGUGGCUACACUGGAUCCCAUCAGCUUUGAGACACCUGAGGCCUAUAUUAGCCUGCCUAAAUGGAAUACCAAAAGGAUGGGCUCCAUCUCAUUUGAUUUCCGAACCACUGAACCCAAUGGACUGAUCCUUUUCACCCAUGGCAAGCCUCAGGAGAGGAAAGAUGCCAGGAGCCAGAAGAAUACAAAGGUAGAUUUCUUUGCAGUUGAGCUUCUAGAUGGGAACCUCUACUUGCUGCUGGAUAUGGGCUCUGGGACCAUAAAAGUCAAAGCCACCCAGAAGAAAGCCAAUGAUGGAGAGUGGUAUCAUGUGGAUAUUCAACGAGAUGGAAGAUCAGGUACUAUAUCAGUGAACAGCAGACGCACCCCAUUCACCGCUAGUGGGGAGAGCGAGAUCCUGGAUCUGGAAGGCGACAUGUACCUCGGUGGGCUGCCCGAGAACCGGGCAGGACUCAUCCUUCCCACAGAGCUCUGGACAGCGAUGCUGAACUACGGCUACGUCGGCUGUAUCCGAGACUUGUUCAUCGAUGGAAGAAGCAAGAACAUCCGGCAGCUGGCAGAGGCACAGAAUGCCGCAGGAGUCAAGUCCUCCUGCUCCCGCCUCAGCACGAAGCAGUGCGACAGCUACCCGUGUAAGAAUAACGCCGUCUGCAAGGAUGGCUGGAACCGCUUCAUCUGUGACUGCACUGGCACUGGCUAUUGGGGUAGAACAUGUGAGCGAGGUAAGCUGGGUUUUCUGACUUCACAGAUGGAGGUGUGCAUGAGGACUAGAACAAAAUCCAGUGUUUCCAUGAGACUUUUCCCUGCCAUUGAUCUUCCCAGUGCCUUAGUAUCCUGGUGUGGUCUCCACACUAGGAAAGCUUUCUUUCUCAUUGUUUCCUUCAUGUCUUUUCCAUCUUCAUUUCAUGAGCUUAUCUUCUUCAUCUGCCACUUCAGUCCCUAA